GGGGAGCGGUGCAUGCCGGGAGUUGUAGUCCUCGCGCCAUCUCUUGUGCCCUGUGAAAGCUGUCCCACAGCAUCGGUAGUUGUGGAGGGGAAAGACAGCGCUUACUUACCAGAUAAUGAAACCCCGCCACACACCUUCCACUAAAAUGGGGGAGACCCCUGGUGGGAGAUCAGCAAAAAACCCUUUUAAGUCUCAACACAAACUGAAGCCUUCCAGCAAAAAAAAAGGAACAGAUGGAGAAGGAAGAAAACAAGGUCAAAAAAGACAGCAGGUCACUGAGACAGUCAAAAGGACAGUUAAGGAGCAGAGAGACUAUUCCCCUGGAGGAGAAAAUGUUUCUUCAAAAAAAGUGAAGCUUUCCAGUGCUACAAUAGGAUCUUGGCAGACUCUCUCAGAGAGCAGUAGACAAUUUCUGGAAACUGUAGUGGAUUCAGCAGUACUAUCUGUUUUGUGCCAACAGAGGAAGGAAAAAGAUGAUGUUCAGAAGCACCUCAAUGUACUGAAAAAAAGGGUGCUGAGAGUUUUCAAGACUUUAAAGGUGCCUCCAGGGAAGCUGGACAGCCUGAAGAAUAUCCCAAGCCUUCAAAUGGCAGAGAGACAAAUGCUUGAGGCAAAUGAGGAAUCUUUGGCACAACUGCAGGAAGAAAUAACUGAAGCUGAGCGAUCAGCAGAGCGCAUUGAGGAAAAUGUGCAGCAACUGCAGUACAAAAUCCAGCUGCUGAAGAACCAGUUAGAGGAAGAUGAAAAAGAGGCCAGGAAGGUAUUCCAGGAAAAUGGCAGUGGUGCACUCCACCUUCCAGAACUCCCCAAGCACAGUUUGCAGGCACCCACUUUGCAAGAAGAAAUUUUGAAGACAAAGAAUCAGAAAGGUCUUUUAAAGGAUCUGAACACUAUUCAGCAGUCAGCUGACUUGAAGAACUUGUUAACCCUCAUUGAAAAGACCUACGAGAAGGUGGACUUGCUUUGAGAAGAUGAAAUGUGUGGAGUCUCCUUUGAAGGAGAUAAUGUCGGCCAGCACUCUGUGUUAAUGUAGAGCAGCAGGAUGCUCAGCAUGGAAACUGUUUUCUUUCUGAUGGCUUUGCUGUUGUGACUGCUGAAUUUCUCUUAAAACAUUUUCUGUGAAUAUUGGUAUAUAAAUCUGUAGAUAAAUCACUGGAGUCCCAGAAUGUAUGUCAUCUAUCAAGGAUUCUUUUGGGUUUUGACUUGUGAUAACUUCUAAUGUUGAUAUAUCCUGUCUUAGGAGAAGGGAGGGAAAUGGAUCCUGGGUUAUUUGGGCAUUUUUAUAGAAUUAGGCAACUAUUCCAUUACAUUUGCACAUCUGUAUUUACAUCUGUAGAUCACUGAAGGCAGAAUCUCUUAUCAAAGUAAGAGUUAAAUCCUCUUUAAACCUGAACCACCUAGUAAAAAUAUGAUUUU